CACAGCCCUAAUUUCACCUUGCGGAGGUCAAACUAUACUCGGCAACCGGCGAAAGCAAUUUCCAAUUUGCAAAGGUUAAAGAAGUCAACUUGACAAAAUCUUCAGAUUAUUCCUAAAAGUGUUCAUUCCAAUCAACCAACAAAAUGCCGAUCAAAUCCAUCAAGGCCCGUCAAAUCUUCGACUCCCGUGGUAAUCCUACUGUGGAAGUUGACUUGGUAACAGAACUAGGUCUAUUCCGGGCAGCUGUACCAUCUGGUGCCUCUACUGGUGUCCAUGAGGCUCUGGAGCUCAGAGAUAAUGUAAAGGGUGAAUACCAUGGUAAAGGUGUCCUCACUGCCAUCAAAAACAUCAACACAACUAUUGCCCCAGAAUUGUUGAAACAGAACUUGGAAGUCACACAGCAAAAAGAGAUUGAUCAAUUCAUGAUUGGCCUCGAUGGCACAGAGAAUAAGUCAAAGUUUGGUGCCAAUGCUAUUCUGGGUGUCUCCUUGGCAGUUGCCAAAGCUGGUGCUGCUAAGAAGGGUGUUCCCUUGUACAAACAUUUGGCAGACUUGGCCGGCAACAGCAACAUUGUUCUGCCAGUUCCAGCAUUUAAUGUCAUCAAUGGCGGUUCCCAUGCUGGUAACAAACUGGCCAUGCAAGAGUUCAUGAUCUUGCCUACAGGUGCAUCCUCAUUCAGUGAGGCAAUGCGCAUGGGCUCUGAAGUCUACCACCACCUUAAGAAGAUCAUCAAGGAGAAGUUUGGUCUGGACUCCACUGCCGUUGGAGAUGAGGGUGGCUUUGCCCCUAAUAUCCAGAACAACAAGGAUGCCUUGUUCCUGAUUCAGGAUGCUAUUCAACAAGCUGGUUACACUGGCAAGAUUGAAAUUGGUAUGGAUGUAGCUGCAUCUGAGUUCUUCAAGAAAGGCAGCUAUGAUCUGGACUUCAAGAACCCUAAGUCUGACCCAGCUGACUACUUGUCAUCUGAGAAGCUUGCGGAGGUUUACUUGGACUUCAUCAAGGACUUCCCAAUGGUGUCCAUUGAGGAUCCCUUUGACCAGGAUGACUGGGCAGCCUGGUCAAGCCUAACUUCUCGUACCCCCAUCCAGAUUGUGGGAGACGAUCUUACAGUAACAAACCCAAAACGUAUUACAACAGCUGUUGAGAAGAAAGCCUGCAACUGCCUUCUACUGAAGGUGAACCAAAUCGGUAGUGUCACUGAAUCCAUUGACGCACACUUGCUGGCUAAGAAGAACGGAUGGGGAACCAUGGUCUCUCACAGGUCUGGUGAGACUGAAGACACUUUCAUAGCCGAUUUGGUAGUCGGCCUGUCCACUGGUCAAAUCAAGACUGGAGCUCCGUGCCGGUCCGAACGUCUCGCUAAGUACAACCAGAUCUUACGUAUUGAAGAGGAACUCGGCGCCGCAGCCAAGUACGCGGGAAAGAACUUCCGCAACCCAGUUUAAAUUGCAAACAACUUAGAUUCAGCAUUAUCGAAUGUUUUCACAUAUGAAGGGUUUUUUUGCCCUUUUUUUUGUAAUACUAUGUGUAUUCUAUAUAGAAAACUCGUGUGUAGCUCGUUGAACGUGUAUGUAACUGUGGAUUUUAUAGUAUUCAUAAUCCGUACAAAAUAAACUUUUUUAAUAAUAGAAAUAAAAUUAUUUUUUGGAUGGAAUAUGUGUCUAAAGUGCGAUGCUUUUUAAUUUUUAAGCAAAAGUGAAAUUAUAAAUUAUUA